AUGGGGUGGAGCCAACAAGCAAGUCUCGCUAGCGGUACUGCUAAUAGUUGCCAAAUCUGCCUCCAAGAAUGUGACAACACAAAAGUGACGAGUUCCAAGCAUCCCAAACAUGUUGAAUCUGCGUAUAAUUUGGCGUCUCCCAGAGAAUGGCUCGAGUUCUGGGAAGACCAGUACCAACAGCCAGGCGCCUACACGGUGGUGCGCUGCGACUUUGUCCCGAGAGCAUGGGCAUCAGAGAACAAUACAAAUAAUUUGAACGACUUUCCUUGGAUGAUUUGGGGUUGGGACUUUCAUUUGCAGCGAUUGCGAGAAUCUUAUCAAUCUUUGCUGCAAUCAUCAUCACAGAGAUCUUCUCAAGGUGUCAAUGAUGAAUUGGUUGAUUUUGAUGUGCUUGUCAAUGAAACCAGCCAGAUCAUGAAGGCACUCCUUUCCAAGGCAGAAAGUGUGUUUUCGGAGCAAGUUACCACCAGCGAUAACGUCACAAAUUCCACAGUUACCGCCAUGCUGACCCUUUUGUGGCAAACAAUCAAUCAUCGCGAAGACACAUUCAAACCACUUGUCAAGGGCCACAUUUUCUCCACUUGCACUCCAUCCCAGUGCUACAAUCUUCCACAUCCCACCAAUGUCGUAAUAGCUCUUCCAACACCAUCCAUGGUGUCGGGAACACAAAUUCCGUGGCCUACACGUACCGCCUUCCACCCUACAGCCAAGUUGUCGUCCUGGUGUCGUCAGCGCAAGCCCCUGGAAGAUUCGUUCAAAAAGGAAGGUAUCGGUGAAGUCUUGAUGGUACAACCAUCAUCCUAUUACAACGACAUCCACAAUCACACAAACAACAACAUUCAGUGGGAGAUUUUGGAAGGCAUCACAUCCAACGCCUUUUUCGUUUACAAGGGAGGAAUCCUACGAACCGCCGCAUCGAAUGUCUUGCCUGGAUCGGCACGACAUUUGGUACUCCUCCAUGCCCGUUCGUGCGGGCUCACUGUCCAGCUAGACAACAAUCCCGUGACUCUUGGGGACUGUCAGGAAUGGCAGGAGGUUUUCAUCACGUCAGCGGUACGAAUCAUUGUACCCGUCCAGCAACUGUUGGUUCCAAGAUAUGACGAGGCAGGGCUCGUUGACAACAACAAAGAGAGCGAACAACCCAUUCUAGUAGAACCACUAUGGAGCUACACGCCAUCGCGUGACAAGAAUGAAGAGCCAUACUGGCGGAGAUUGUUGGAGACUAUUGUCACGGAUCGUUUGUCGUUGGAAGGCUGA